GUUUUCUUCAAAGAAAUUUUCCUGUAUAUCUUGGAAACUUCUACUAGCUCAUUUGAUCAUAAAUGGAUGGUUAUACAAACGCUGACAAGGAUAUGUGCAGAUGCCCAGAGUGUAGUGGAUAUCUACGUGAACUAUGAUUGUGAUUUAAAUGCAGCAAAUAUAUUUGAAAGGCUGGUUAAUGACCUAUCAAAGAUUGCUCAAGGAAGGGGUAGCCAAGAACUCGGCAUGUCCAAUGUGCAGGAAUUAAGUUUGAGAAAAAAAGGAUUGGAAUGCCUAGUAUCAAUCUUGAAGUGCAUGGUGGAGUGGAGUAAGGAUCAGUAUGUAAAUCCCAAUUCUCAGACAACACUUGGCCAAGAAAAACCCACAGAACAGGACAGCAAUGAAACCAAACAUCCUGAGACAAUUAAUAGAUAUGGAAGCUUAAAUUCCUUGGAUUCUACUGCUUCAUCAGGAAUUGGCAGUUACAGCACACAGAUGUCUGGCACUGACAACCCAGAGCAAUUUGAGGUCCUAAAGCAACAAAAGGAAAUAAUAGAACAAGGAAUUGACUUAUUCAAUAAGAAACCAAAGAGGGGGAUUCAGUACCUGCAAGAACAAGGGAUGCUUGGCACUACCCCAGAAGAUAUUGCUCAGUUCUUGCAUCAAGAAGAAAGAUUAGAUUCAACUCAGGUUGGGGAGUUCCUGGGAGACAAUGAUAAAUUUAACAAAGAAGUCAUGUAUGCAUAUGUAGACCAACACGACUUCUCAGGGAAGGAUUUUGUUUCAGCUCUUCGCAUGUUUCUAGAGGGAUUUCGUCUUCCAGGAGAGGCUCAAAAAAUUGAUCGCCUGAUGGAGAAAUUUGCUGCCAGAUAUUUAGAGUGUAACCAAGGGCAAACACUUUUUGCUAGUGCAGAUACUGCAUAUGUUUUAGCUUACUCAAUUAUCAUGUUGACAACAGAUCUUCACAGUCCACAGGUUAAGAAUAAAAUGACAAAAGAACAGUAUAUUAAAAUGAAUAGAGGUAUCAAUGACAGCAAAGAUCUGCCUGAAGAAUAUUUGUCUGCGAUCUAUAAUGAAAUAGCUGGAAAGAAGAUUUCAAUGAAGGAAACAAAAGAACUAACAAUACCCACAAAAUCCAGUAAACAAAGUGUUGCUAGUGAAAAGCAGAGAAGACUGCUUUAUAAUUUGGAAAUGGAGCAAAUGGCUAAAACAGCGAAAGCUCUUAUGGAGGCGGUGAGCCACGUUCAGGCACCUUUUACGAGUGCAACACACCUGGAGCACGUGAGACCCAUGUUUAAGUUGGCAUGGACACCUUUUCUAGCUGCAUUCAGCGUGGGUCUACAGGACUGUGAUGACACAGAAGUUGCCUCUCUUUGCUUGGAGGGUAUACGAUGUGCAAUCAGGAUAGCUUGCAUUUUCAACAUUCAGCUUGAAAGAGAUGCCUAUGUCCAAGCGUUAGCAAGAUUUACGUUACUUACAGUGAGUUCUGGUAUUACUGAAAUGAAGCAGAAGAAUAUUGACACAAUUAAAACCCUCAUCACUGUGGCUCAUACAGAUGGAAACUAUUUAGGAAAUUCCUGGCAUGAGAUUCUGAAAUGCAUCAGUCAGCUUGAACUGGCACAGUUAAUAGGAACUGGAGUAAAACCUCGCUACAUCUCAGGGACAGUGCGUGGCAGGGAAGGAUCUUUUACUGGAACAAAAGAUCAGGCACCUGAUGAAUUUGUGGGGCUGGGACUGGUUGGUGGGAACGUGGAUUGGAAGCAGAUAGCAAGUAUUCAGGAAUCCAUUGGUGAAACUAGCUCCCAAAGUGUUGUCGUUGCUGUAGACAGAAUAUUUACAGGAUCUACAAGGUUGGAUGGAAAUGCUAUCGUGGAUUUCGUUCGCUGGCUUUGUGCCGUAUCUAUGGAUGAACUGCUGUCUGCUACCCACCCUCGAAUGUUUAGUCUGCAGAAGAUAGUGGAGAUUUCUUACUACAAUAUGGGCCGGAUAAGGUUACAGUGGUCUAGAAUCUGGGAAGUUAUUGGAGAUCAUUUUAAUAAGGUUGGCUGCAAUCCCAAUGAAGAUGUAGCUAUAUUUGCAGUAGAUUCAUUAAGGCAAUUAUCAAUGAAAUUCUUAGAAAAAGGAGAACUUGCUAAUUUCCGAUUCCAGAAGGACUUCCUAAGACCAUUUGAACAUAUCAUGAAGCGAAACAGGUCUCCCACGAUUCGAGACAUGGUUGUACGGUGUAUUGCACAGAUGGUGAAUUCCCAGGCUGCUAAUAUUCGUUCUGGCUGGAAAAACAUUUUCUCAGUGUUUCAUCUGGCAGCCUCAGAUCAGGAUGAAAGUAUAGUGGAACUUGCAUUCCAGACUACAGGACACAUUGUCACAAUUGUGUUUGAAAAACACUUCCCAGCAACCAUAGACUCUUUCCAGGAUGCAGUAAAGUGCUUGUCUGAAUUCGCCUGCAAUGCAGCAUUUCCUGAUACCAGUAUGGAAGCGAUCCGCCUCAUUCGCCACUGUGCAAAAUAUGUAUCUGAUAGACCUCAGGCAUUCAAGGAAUACACAAGUGAUGACAUGAAUGUAGCGCCUGAAGACAGAGUGUGGGUGCGAGGAUGGUUCCCAAUUCUGUUUGAGUUGUCCUGUAUCAUCAAUAGAUGCAAAUUAGAUGUAAGAACCAGGGGCCUGACAGUGAUGUUUGAAAUAAUGAAGACCUAUGGUCAUACUUAUGAAAAACACUGGUGGCAAGAUUUGUUUCGGAUUGUCUUCAGGAUAUUUGACAACAUGAAGCUGCCAGAGCAGCAGACUGAGAAAGCUGAAUGGAUGACAACUACUUGCAACCACGCACUUUAUGCAAUAUGCGAUGUAUUCACACAGUAUUUGGAAGUACUUAGCGAUGUUCUUUUGGAUGAUAUAUUUGCGCAGCUGUACUGGUGUGUGCAGCAAGACAAUGAGCAACUGGCACGGUCCGGUACAAACUGUUUGGAGAAUGUUGUCAUCCUAAAUGGUGAAAAGUUUACCCUCGAAAUCUGGGAUAAAACUUGUACUUGCAUGCUGGAUAUUUUCAAAACUACAAUCCCUCAUGCGCUGCUGACCUGGCGACCAGUCAGUGGUGAGUUUGGCUCUGGAUCUCCCUCUGAUGCAAAAGAAAAACUGGACACAAUCUCACAGAAGUCAGUAGAUAUUCACGAUUCUAUUCAGCCUAGAUCUUCAGAGGGACGUCCGUAUCAGCCCAGCGCAGGGUCCACAGUAGGUGAAGAAAUGAGUAAAACCAGGCCGACAGCAAAAUUUCCAGAACAGAAGUUAUUUGCUGCUCUUUUGAUCAAAUGUGUUGUUCAGCUGGAACUCAUUCAGACUAUCGACAAUAUCGUGUUCUUCCCAGCGACCAGCAAAAAAGAGGAUGCAGAGAAUCUAGCAGCAGCACAAAGAGAUGCAGUAGACUUCGAUGUCCACGUGGAUACACAAGAUCAAGGGAUGUAUCGUUUUCUGACAUCCCAGCAGCUUUUCAAACUUCUCGAUUGUCUACUGGAAUCUCACAGAUUUGCUAAAGCAUUUAAUUCCAACAACGAACAAAGAACUGCUCUCUGGAAAGCCGGUUUCAAAGGCAAAUCCAAACCCAAUCUCCUGAAGCAGGAGACAAGUAGUCUCGCCUGUGGGCUGCGCAUUCUUUUUCGUAUGUACAUGGAUGAGAGCCGCACCAGUGCGUGGGAGGAAGUCCAGCAACGACUACUGAAUGUCUGCAGCGAGGCUCUGAGUUACUUCCUUACUCUUACAUCAGAAAGUCAUCGGGAAGCCUGGACUAAUCUAUUACUCUUAUUUUUGACUAAAGUUCUGAAGAUAAGUGAUGACAGGUUCAAGGCUCACGCCUCAUUCUACUAUCCUCUGCUCUGUGAAAUUAUGCAGUUUGACCUUAUUCCUGAGCUUCGGGCUGUUCUACGAAGGUUUUUCCUGCGGAUCGGCGUGGUUUUCCAAAUAUCCCAACCACUGGAACAGGAGUCUGGAAUAAGCAAGCAGUAGCAGACCGUGACUGAGUCUCGCUCUCGUUUCAAAGUUUCUAUUCCUCAGCUAAAUAAAAGGACCGGGUAGCUGAGCCAUCCUGUCUGGAUAUCCCAUAAAAACACGGUUUCUUUGUACGGCAGCGUGUAUCCAAGGGUCAAUGGUACGGAUGCUCACAACUUGUAAUUACGGCUCGCAGCACUCCAGUCCCUUCGUUUCCCGAUGGAUUGUCUGUAUCGGUUUCUCUGCCCUGGCUCCUGCUGAGCACAGAGCCAGUUUUUAGCACGGUCCUCUUGUGAGCAUGGGCUGCCGUGUCCUCUCCUGUCCUAGACAGCGGCGUAGCAACAGA